AUGGUCACCAACCGCGUCAGAGUCGUCGAAGGCUCCUGCUGGCCCUGCAAGAAAAGACGCAUCAAGUGCGAUCUCACCAAGCCGACUUGCGUUCGAUGCGCCAAGAUUGGCGCUGAUUGCGAUUUCAGCGUCCGGAGACUGAAGUGGUGCACCCGUCCGACCAUCAAGGCCCCGGCCAUCUACCAGAUCACGACCCGAGAUGUGCAACUAGCUUCAUCAUUGGCCGCCGACGAGAGACGCGCACUCGACUACUUCCAUCACCGCCUAUGGCCAAUGUUCACAACCGCACCAGAGCCCUGUGCCGCGCCGAUUCUGCAGGCUCUCGAACAUCGAGUCGUGCUUCUGGCGACAUGUGUCAUUGCCGACGCCCACCGGGUGCUUCAAGACGGGCGUAAUAGCCGUAACCUACUCCGCAUGAAGCGGCUGGAAUGCCUGGCGGCUUUGAGAGGCGAGCUGGGCGACACGCAGAUAGCCAAGAUCGACAAGGAGUCGCUGAUGACACUGCUUCUGGCAGUACUACUGCUCUACUUCCACGACGGGUAUCUAGAGUGCGCACAAGCUUCCGCAUCGACCACGAGCCACCAUGGUGGUGUACGGGCAAUCGUCGACAGCUUGGGAGGCAUCAACACCGUCCUAGAAACCAGCCACGAGUCGAUACAUAUGCUCCUUUCGGAAUUUGCGUCUACGGACCUCACAUCAGUCAUGCUUAAGGGAGGCCAGCCUGCCUUCAAGGCAGAGAUCUGGGAAACGAUAGAUACCCGAGCUGUUUGGUGGGGGAGAGAUAUCCUCGGCAGGUCUUCAUUGGCAUCAGUCUUCCAGCAGAUAUCUCGCCUGGCAUGGUAUCUAGACGCUUUGAUCAAAGGAUCAGAACAACUGUCCAUGUCAACCGUGAGGGACUUCGAGACUGCCCUAUCGCCGGUGUAUGCCAGAAUCACCGACGCAGCAGAGAACGAUACCGAAACUGAGACGGUGGCCAACGACGCUUUCACACUUAUUCGGGUCUUUCAACACACGGCACUCAUCUACAUCAGCACGUUCUUCCGUGUUUGGAGUGCAUUCUAG